AUGCUUCGAUGCACUAUUAUAUUAUUGAGCUUCCUUCAGCUGUCGUCCAGUUUGACAUGUUAUAAUGUGAGCUUGUCAAAAAUAUUAAUUAAUUUUCCAUUUUCAUUCAAAUUUUUAUUUAUCAUAUGUUUUUCAGGGAAUGAAAACGUUGUCAAUGCAGCAGGUCGGCGAAACAACGGAAGAAUGUCCUCCUUCGGCGUACUGCUACAACAUGACGGCUUCCGCCUAUGUUCUGGUCAACUUUGUCAAAGCUGGCUGCUCAACUUGGCGGUGUAUGGUGGGUGCGGAGUUCAAUCGAAAGAGUGAAAUAAAGUCCUGAAGAGCAAUUUCAAACUUCAAAAAAAUAUUUCAAUACAUAACCACGAUUUUUCGAUUUAUUUAUUUUUUUAGCAAUCUCAUUAGAACCUUUUUGCAAAAAUCUGAUUCCUAGUAUCUUCGUUCAAAAACGUUGCAAAAGUCCGACUGAAAUCCAUGCAAUUUUUAAGCGCAACAAAAAAAACGAUAAAACGAUCUUUUUUGUAAGCACCUACUUGUCAAAUCUUCACUUUCACAAUAGAAAAGAAUUAUAGCUUGCCGCAAACACCUGCAUUCAUACAACUUUCCAACUGAUCCCAGUCAGUCUGUGCUGUUGUAGUCAUGACCGCUGCAACGUCGGCGGUAAUCCUGUAUUUUCUGACAAGUAAGUUGGAUCAAUAUGUUCAAUUUGCAAAAAGAGAGUGGGCAAGGUGAAAAACGACAGAUGUGCCUCUAACUUCUGUGAUAGGUAAUCUCAAGUAUGGGUCUUCAAAAAAAAAAAGUGAUGUGACAAGCGCCAUUGGGUAUGGCUAAGAUUCUAUUAUGAAUAGCAGCAGGAAUUUUUUUCCCGAAAAACUCAAAAAAAAAGACAGUUUUCAACUUUUUUCUUCACGUCGUCGCGUGCCAUUUCUUAGUAUCCAAUGACCUUGAGCAGAUGAUUUCUUUUUUCAAUGUAUGCUCAAACUUUGUAUUACCUACCACAAAAGUUAGGAGCGGAAUUAAGAUUUUCGGCUCAAAAACUUCCUUCGUUUGUACAUAGUUCUAAUAAAAUAAAAUAAAAAUACUUUCAGCCCGCGUCAAAUCACCGAUGGCCGCAGCGAUUCCAAUAAGUGAGUUCAUUUCUCCCAAAAAAUUUAUGGAUGCAUAUGAAAAAUUAUAGUAACGGCGGAAACGCCGGAGGCAGCUGGGGCGACGCUGGAGGAAAUGCCAACAACAAUGGCUGGGGCAAUAAUGAGUAAGACAAUCAACUUAUCGAACUGUCGAAUUCUCGAUGUUCAGGGAUACCCAGAAGAAGGACAAAUACGGCAGCGACUACGCGAUCAACGACUUGUGAGUGGAAGUUUUUUUUGCCUUUUAGUCUUUCUUAUUGUUAAAUAACUGAAUUGGUUAUUUACCUCAAACAGAAAAAAACAUUAUAUCGCUUUUGGGAAGCAAGUUUUCCAGAUUUCGAUUUAACCCAAUUUUUUCAGCAAUCCAAAAACGAAAGCCAGCUCUAAAGCGCCGAAAUUCUCACAAAAAGACGUUGAGAAGACGUUCCGUGACUUCAGCAUUGACAACAAGGCAGACGGUAUUUUUUCAAGAUUUUUGAGAAAGUUCAGAAAGAGUAGACCAGCCAAUGAUAGAUUUUUAUGCUUAACUUGGUUUUUGGCAGAGAAACAAAAAACAACUUUUAGUGAGGAAGUAAAAAGAUAAACCUGACAUGUGAUAUUUGUUUGACGAGAAAUGUCCCUAUUUGUUGGCACACUAAAAUUUUCUCUAUCUUGGACCUUCUGUAAUUAUGACUUCAAAAAAAUGAAUGAAGUUUUUUGAAUGGGAUCUUUUUUCAGAAAUCGAGCUAGAAGGCGAGUUCAAAAAAAUCGACGCCACCUAUGCACCAGGUUAUGGGUCAUCGAAGAUCUCCGGAAAGUCGUCUUCGUCUUCUUCUUCUUCUUCUUUCCCGUCUUCCUCGUCUUCCGGAACCCUGACCAUGAGCAAGGAAAUGAAACAAAGGCCUCUCAACUCUGGAGACUCGAAAUCUUCCGGCAAAGAAAUUGAAAUUUGA